AUCUCCCCCUUUCCUUUUUGUUGGCUUUUCUUGCUUCUCCGGUAAUGACUUGCCAGUUUUGACGAGGCGUUCGAUCGAAUGGCCUCGUCCUCCUCCUCCGGCCGUCGCCUCGCCGGAACCCUAACCGCGCGACCGGGCGCCGCGUCUCUGAUCCCAGGUCUCCCGGACGACGUGGCAGCCGUCAUCCUCUGCCUGCUCACGUUCCCCGACCAGUCCCGCCUCCGCGCCACCUCCCGCGCGUGGCGGCUCCUCCUCUCCGCCGCGACGCUUCUCCCGCUCCGCCGCAGCCUCCGCCUCCCUUCCCGUCAGCUCCUAUGCCUCUUCCCCACCGACCCGUCGCUCGCCUCUCCGGUCCUGCUCGACCCCACCGCCCCCACCGCCUGGUGGCCCCUCCCGCCGAUCCCCUGCUCGCCGCAGCUCUACGGCCUCGCCAAUUUCGCUGCGAUCGCUGUCGGAAGCCACCUCUACGUCCUCGGCGGUUCUCGCUUCGACGCCCGGAGUUAUCCCCUUGGCCACCCCUCACCCUCCGCCGAUGCCUACCGCCUCGACCUCGCUCUCUCCCACCACCGCUGGGAGCGCCUCCCCGACAUGCACGUCCCACGCGGGAGCUUUGCCUGUGCCCCGGCGCCCGGCGGUGGGGUCAUCGUCGCUGGCGGUGGGUCCAGACACCCCACGCUCCCGUCCAACGGCAGCCGCACCAGCAGCACCGAGUUGUAUGACGCUGCCACCAGUGCGUGGCUCAUCGCUGCACCGAUGCUCCGGGAGAGGGCAGGGUGCGUGGGAUUCAUGGUGCACGGGGCUGGAGAAGGGAGGGAGGAUGAGUUCUGGGUGAUGGGUGGGUACGACGGGUAUACCACAGUGGGGGGAGUGGUGCCAAAUGAUGUGUACUGCCGGGAUGCGGUGGCGCUCGGAAUGUGGAGCAGGAAGUGGAGGGAGAUCGGAGAAAUGUGGGUGGAAGGGGAGAGACGGCGACUCGGGCCUGUGGCGGCCAUUUCUGCGGAGGAUGGAAAGGUUACGGACUUGUUCAUGCUCGAUGGUCACGAUGUCUUCAGGUAUGACUUUGGUUCAAACAGGUGGUUGAAGGAGGCAAGCUUGAGGAGAAAGAUCCCAUAUGCUGAGUUUUGUGGUUUUGUAUCAUUGAACGGUGAACUGCAUGUGCUUAAAUCUGCAAAAGUUCCUGCUGAAAUCUCUUAUCCACGGAGGCAGUUGAAGACAAGGCUGGCUUUGGAGUUUCAGGUGUACAACCCUGUGGCCAGGAAAUGGAGGGUGUUCACCACAUAUCCCCCUGUCGGUGUACCCUUUGAUUUCAGAACUGCAACUCUUUGUACAGUUGAGUUGUAGAACUGCUGAUGCUCACCAUUUACUAUAUAGAUUCAGAUAGCGGGUCGAAUAUCGAUUGCAAAUUUAGAUGUAAAUGUCAACAACUUGUAAUGAUGUCAGCGAAUACCGAGUACUUUGCAUUGUUGGGUACCCAUUUGUACAAAUAACACCGAACGGUGCAUUCCAAGUCAGACUGUGAUUCUGUAUAUUGGUGAAAUCUGCCGUAAUCCUUCUGUAUAUGGUUUCUGGUCGUGACAUCCUAAUAUUCUUUAUUGAUUUUGGAAACACCUAUUUUUGUCA